ACCAAAACUGUAAUAUUUGAGUUUUGAGAUAAAGGUUUACGGAUACAUUCCCGUAAAACAAACAUUUUCAUAAACAAGAAAAAAGAAAGGCAGAAAUGUUUUUAAGGGCCAAAAAGGUAGAUGCCCUCGUCAGAGCAAUUGUGCAUGUGAGACUUGCAGGGAAACGCUUGCCUCAUAUUCCAGUUACUUGAGGGGAAACGAUUUACCAUUUCUAUUUAUUCUACUGCUUUCAUCUGCAAGACUAAGAACGUUUGCAGUUCUCCAUUUUUGUGAUCUGCUAAUAAAAGCUCCGCAAUUCAAUAAAAGAGGGAUCAAUUUCUGUGUUUCCCAUGCCCUAACCCUAGAUUCUAGCUGCAUAUCUGAGAACUGUCAUCGUUCUGUUCGGAGACACUAGCUUCCAAUCUUGGGACCUCGGUUUCCUCAAUUUUCCUAGUAGUGAAGCUUAGUAUCGGUUUCAGAGAAAAGAAGCCCUAGGUUUCUGCUUCCCGUUUUAUCAGAAGCAGGAGAGCGAACGCAAGCUAGGUCUUUGCUUGUUCAAACCCUAGAAAUGGCGAGCACUAAUAAGGAUGUGCAGUAUUUGGAAGAAGUGAGUCACUUGCUUGAUCGUGCAAAGGAGUUGCAGGAUAGCGCCUCGUCGUUUCUCUCGAAGAUGAAACAUGAGGAGCAGUCCAUCCUUCAGAGGGUCUCGGCUCUGCAGUCUGAUCUCAAGAAGCUUCAAGCAUGUGUUGCUUCUGCAUCUGCAAGUGAAACGUUAGAUAAAAGAGAAGCAGAGAAGUUGGAGGAAGAAUUAUCAAGGGCAAAAUGCAUGAUUGCUGAUGGAGAUGUCUCUUCUCUUCUUCCAAGCAAAUCAAAUGGUAAGUUCCUGAGGAUGUUCCUGGGCCCUAUCAGUGUGCGUGCGACUAGAAAAGAUGUCCAGUUAAAAGUAAAAGAGGAAUACAACAAUUACCGGGACAGGACAGCUGUUAUGUUCCUGCUAUUUCCAUUCGCACUUCUUAUUCUAAGAUAUGCAAUCUGGAAAGGAUGUUUUCCUGCUUGGGCUGUUCAAUUAUAUCAGGCUUGGUUGUUAUUUCUCUACACAAGUUUGGCUUUGCGAGAGAACAUACUGCGAAUAAAUGGGAGUGAUAUUCGUCCAUGGUGGAUAUACCACCACUACUGUGCCAUGAUGAUGGCACUUGUCAGUCUUACGUGGGAGAUAAAAGGACAACCUGAUUGUUACCAGAAGCAGAGAGGGAUAGAGCUCUUCUUGACAUGGGCUAUGAUGCAAGGUGUAGCCAUGCUUCUGCAGAAUAGAUAUCAACGGCAAAGACUGUAUACUCGUAUUGCGUUGGGAAAGGCAAACAGAAUGGAUGUUGUAUGGGGAGAAACUGCGAGUGUUGAGGGUCAAUUGUGGCUGUUAUAUCCUGUUCUUUUCAUUUUACAGGGUUUUGAAGCGUACAUAGGGAUACUGUUGUUGAUGACUGCAGUGACCAGCUCUGUCUCCGAGUGGCAGGUAGUUGUUUGUGGAGGCCUACUGGUGAUUAUGGCAUCUGGAAACUUCGCAAACACAGUUCAGACUCUUAGUGCUAAAUUGAGGUUUAAGGCUAAGAUGAAGAGAAGUAAGAGCAAGCAGGACUUGGACCAGGGCUCACUGGCUAACUUGAGAUUGGGGAAGUCUUUAUAGUCUGUAUUAUUUCUCCCCGCUUUUUUUUUUUUUUUUUUUAAUUUACUGUCUUUCUUCCCGUUUGCCCACCCUCACAGUUUUCGUUUCAGGCUCUGUAUUUUGUUGUUGUAAAAUUAUGUUUUGGUCUACUGGAAGAUCUUACUAGCUGCUGGCUUGUGUGAGCAUUAAGAACCCAGCUACUUUGAGCCUUUGUUUAUCAUUUUUUUUAAAAAAAAAAAAAAUUUAAUUCUCUUCUAAUGAGUUAUUUUCUUGAGGAGAAAUUA